CUGGGUAGGCAGACACAAGAAAGUCACUUCUUCUGCCUCCAUCUAACUGCCCUUAGCCACUUCAGCAACAUGAGAGGAACAGCCUUUGUCCUGCUCUUGGCUUUGGCACUUACAACCAUCUUCAAUGCAGAAUGUGCCAAACCCAGAGGUCAACAGGUUGAUUGCAGUAAGUAUAAAAAGUUACCACCAGGAGAAGAGAGAAUGUGUUAUGAAAUAUAUGCACCAAUUUGUGGAUCUGAUGGAAAAACUUAUGGAAAUGAUUGCUUCUUUUGUUCUGAAGUUGUGAAAACUGACCACAAACUUAAAUUUGUACACUUUGGAAGGUGUUGAAUUUAUCUUAUGACUCCAAUUGACAAGAGAUACAUUUCUUCUCCCCUAUAAUCUAUGCCACAUUGCCUAAUCUUGUCACCAUGAUGUCUUGACUUCUUCGUAGAAUAAAGCAGACCUAAGUGAAACAAA